AUGAUCCAGGCGAGCAACAAGAAGGCCCUGGAGCUCUGCCACUUCGACCAGUCCAAGCACGUCUUCCUCGAGGGCUCGGAGGCCGGCCUCUCGUUUGGCGAGUCUGCAGCCUUUGCCGCAGAGAUCCACUUCUACUGCGAGCCAAACUCGGAGCCAAUCGAGCCGCCGGGCCACCAGCAGGGGCCUGCGCAGUGGCACGGCCACCAGGUGCUCCUCUCCAAGUUCAACGGCUGCGUGAGCGGAGAGUACCGGAUAGGGCUCGACGCGCAGCGGCACGUCAUCUUUCAGCGCGAGGUGGCGCCGUGGAUCGUCACGACGACGGACGUGAUCCCGCUGCGCGAGUGGCACUCGAUCGUGUGCACGUACGACGGCCAGUUCAUGCGCAUCUAUAUCGACUGCCGCCACGCGGCGCACAUCGCGUGCGGCCCGCAAAAGACCGACCUGACGUCGCCGGCGCUGCUCGGCGCAGACCUGUGCGGCUACGCGACGGCGCACCACUUUGAGGGCUACAUCUCGGAGUGCUCGCUCUGGCAGCGCUCGCUCGACGCGUCGGAGGUCAAGGCGCUCGCCACGUGCGUGUACCAGCGCGAGGGCCUGCGCGCGCCAGUCAAGAAUGCGGUGCGGCUGGUCGGCGAGGAGCAGUUCCACGGGCAGUACCUGGUCGAGGGGGCGCCGCUGCUGGACCGGUGGCGCAGCUGGCUUGCCGCCGGGGGCGAGGCGCUCCCUCCGAUCCAGCCGCCUCUGGCGGACCCGGCGGAGAUGUGCGCAGUCAGCGGCGCGGGGCCGCCCUUCUCGCCAGAGGCGGGGCUGCACACCUUCAUCUGCGGGUCGGCGUCGGUGCUCUCGUUUGGCAACUGCGCGCCCUUCACGCUCGCUGUCCUCUGCCGCCCCAGCGCGCAGCAAGGCAUCUCCGCCGAGGCUGGCGGCGCCGGUGCCAACGGCGGCGAGUGCGGGUGCGGCAUCGUGCUAAGCAAGUUUCACUACGGGCUGCGGGGCGAGUACCGGCUGGGCUUCGACGCGCGGCGGCGUCCGUUCUUCCACCGCGAGAUCGAGCCGUGGGACAUGGUCUCGACGAGCGCCGUCACCGCCGACGAGUGGCAUGAGCUCUGCGCGACGUACGACGGGGCAGUGAUGCGGCUGUACGUGGACCGGCGGCUAGUGGCGCAGGCGCGGUCGGGCGCGCAGUUCACGGACCAGGUGACGCCCGUGCUGAUUGGAGCCGAGUACGGGAAGAAUUGCGUGCAGAACCACUUCCGCGGCUACAUCGGCGAGGUGCGCGUGCUCGACCGCGCCCUCUCCUCCGACGAGUUGCCGAGCCUCUUUGCGCCGCCCUCAAAGUCGGCCGGCUUGCAGCGCGGCUUGCUUGGGCGGUGGAGGCCGAUGGAGGCGAAGCUUGACGACGCGGACGGACGGUCGAUCACCCUGCGGGCGGGCGUGCGCGCGCUGCUCGUCGAGCUCGGCACAGUCACGCCGCACACGGUCCAGUGGCGGCGGGCGGUCGACAUGGUCAAUGAGUCGGGGGGGUACAAGCACUACUGCUACCUGGGCACCUCCGUCGCGCUCCAAAAGUCGCUGCUGCAGGCGCGCACGAGCCAGCAGCCUCCCCCGCGAGCGCUCGACCUGCACGCGCACGAGCUCGUCGUCAAGGGCUGCGCGCGGGCGCUGCGCAAGCUUCACGAGGAGAUCGCGCAGAAGCGGCGCGACGUGCGGGGGCGCGGGUCGGAGCUAUUCCGCGAGUGGUUCUUCCACAACCCGAUCUCUUUCUUGCGAGAGUGCGACGGCGACCGAUGCGAGUUUUGGCGCUUCCGAUACCCGGGCCGGCGCGCGAUGAACGUGCUGGUGGAGCAGGCGCGGACGCGUUUCCCGCCUUCCAAGGAGUCGCCGCUCAUCAUUUCGUCGUUCGGGUCCGGGCUGCUGUACCAAGAGUUUUGCCACCUCUGCAAGCUCGUGCAGGUGGGGUACACCCACUUCCGGCUGCUGCUCGUCGACACGGCCUACGCGCCGUGGAAGCAAAAGUACCUCGCCCGCGACGGCUGCUGCCGCAUCUACUGCCAGCCCGCCUCGGAGCUGAGCGAGGAGAUGAUGCGACCCGCGCCCGCCUACUCUGCGCCUGGCACCACCAAGGAGACGCUCGACUCCGCGGCGGCCUCGUCAGUCAACAAUGCAAUCUCUUUCGUCAUGUACAACGAUGCGCUCCACCAGUUCGUGCAGUGGCGAGACGCAGUCGAGAUGUUCAGCACACACCUGGACGUCGAGAUCCAGACCCUGCUCUAUGACUCGGUGGACGCGUACAUCGCCGACUGCGCGCUGUCGCCGAAGGAGGUGAUGGCGCACAUCUGCUCCGCCAUCGACUACAAGGACAACGACAAGCUCCUCGAGGAGCACGUCAACCACAUGGCGGCCAACACGCUGCGCGACGACGGCGUCUGUGUCAAGCUGGUGACCCGCACUGGAGAGUCGUCUCCCGGUGUGUAUGUGGAGGACCGCGGCCGGCGACUCCUGCACACGGUCCUGCUCGGCGCCGAGCACGAGUCUCACUUUGAACAGCGUUGCCACGAGUGCGAGGUGUGAGGCGGGAAGCCUCUGCCACGUAUCAGGACAGUGUGAGCGCGCCAGGGGCGUGUGAGCUGCGUGGGGGCGCGCCGGCGGCCCACGCUCGACCGUACUUCGAGAUACCGCCAGACGCGCGCGCACGAGAUUAUAGCAUCUAGGAGCAGAUUGUGUCGU